CUAUUUUUAUUUCCAGUGUUUCAAAUUGUCUUGAAGCCAGACAGCCUGGGUUGCUCUCCCAAAAUUACAAUACCGUUAAGUUACUUUAAAAUUACAUGUUUCUUUGUUGUGUGGGUGUGUCACAGCUUGCAGGUGGAAGUCAGAUAAUUUACCUGAGUCAGUUCUUUCCUUCCAUUCCAAGGAUCUCAAGAUAGUCACUGGGGCCGCUUCAAACCCUGAGCACUGACACCACCCUCAGGUGUAAAUGACAGUAUGACUGGGAGGGCAGUGACCGAAGUGUAAAGCCAGAGUUUUGUCUUUCAGAUUACAGAACCUUCGCGGGACGCAGAAGGCCUUGAGGGCGUGGCUGGUUGCGUGGCUCUGGGCAGGGCGUGUCGGGGGCGUGACCUGAGCUGUGCUGUGACUUGGUCGCCGUGAUGUUGGGGGCGUGGUCUGGCGCGGGGGCCGGUCCUGGGGCCUUCCCCACACGCCCCCCAGCGGAGGCCCGGAAGGGACCAUUCGCGCUUCCGUCUCCGCCGGGGCCUCACGGAGGGCGGAGUUGCGGCCCGAGGACGCUACGCGAGCCCAGUUCCGGCGAGGAGGCCGCGCCAGUGACAGCGAUGGCGGCGGAGUCGGCGCUCCAAGUUGUGGAGAAGCUGCAGGCGCGCCUGGCUGCGAACCCGGACCCCAAGAAGCUAUUGAAAUAUUUGAAGAAACUUUCCGUCUUACCUAUUACAGUAGACAUUCUUGUGGAGACUGGGGUGGGGAAAACAGUGAACAGCUUUCGGAAACAUGAGCAAGUGGGAAACUUUGCCAGAGACCUGGUUGCCCAGUGGAAGAAGCUGGUUCCAGUAGAACGAAACAAUGAGGCUGAGGAUCAGGAUUUUGAGAAGAGCAAUUCCCGCAAGCGUCCCCGAGAUGUUCCCCAGCAGGAGGAGGAAGCGGAGGGGAACUACCAGGAAAGCUGGCAAGCCUCAGGCAGCCAGCCCUACAGCCCUGAGCACAGACAGAAAAAGCACAGAAAACUUCCUGAGCUUGAAAGGCCUCACAAAGUGGCUCAUGGUCACGAGAGGAGAGAUGAAAGGAAGAGGUGUCACAAAGUGUCACCACCAUAUUCUUCAGACCCCGAGUCGUCUGACUAUGGUCAUGUUCAAUCUCCUCCACCUUCAAGUCCCCAUCAAAUGUAUACAGACCUCUCUAGGUCCCCAGAGAUGGACCAGGAACCCAUCGUCUCACACCCGAAGCCUGGGAAAGUCCACAGUAAUACCUUUCAGGACAGACUAGGGGUUAGUCACCUGGGUGAGCACCAAGGGAAAGGGGCUGUUAGCCAAAACAAGCCACACAAAUCUUCCCACAAGGAGAAACGCCCUGUGGAUGCCAGGGGGGAUGAGAAGAGCUCUGUCAUGGGCAGAGAGAAGUCACACAAAGCCUCUUCCAAAGAGGAGAGCCGAAGGCUACUCUCAGAGGACAGUGCCAAGGAGAAGCUGCCCUCCAGUGUUGUCAAGAAAGAGAAGGACAGAGAAGGCAACAGCCUCAAGAAGAAGUUGUCACCUGCCUUAGAUGUUGCUUCAGACAACCACUUUAAAAAGCCCAAACACAAGGACUCCGAGAAAAUCAAGUCUGACAAAAACAAGCAGAGUGUAGAUAGCGUGGACUCAGGACGAGGGACAGGAGACCCAUUACCCAGAGCCAAGGAUAAAGUUCCCAACAACCUGAAGGCUCAGGAGGGGAAAGUAAGAACUAACUCGGAUCGAAAGUCACCAGGCUCACUCCCUAAAGUAGAAGAGAUGGACAUGGAUGAUGAGUUUGAGCAGCCCACCAUGUCCUUUGAGUCAUACCUCAGCUAUGACCAGCCCCGCAAGAAAAAGAAGAAGGUUGUGAAAACUUCCGGUACAGCACUUGGAGAAAAAGGACUUAAAAAGAAGGACUCUAAAAGCACUAGUAAAAACUUGAACUCGGCUCAGAAAUUACCCAAGGUGAAUGAAAACAAGUCAGACAAGUUGCAGCCAGCUGGAGCCGAACCCACGAGGCCUAGAAAGGUCCCUACUGAUGUGCUGCCAGCAUUGCCAGACAUCCCCUUGCCCGCCAUACAAACCAACUAUCGUCCCCUUCCCUCCCUCGAGUUGAUCUCCUCCUUUCAGCCAAAGCGAAAAGCUUUCUCUUCACCCCAGGAAGAAGAAGAAGCUGGGUUCACAGGACGCAGAAUGAAUUCUAAGAUGCAGGUGUAUUCAGGUUCCAAGUGUGCCUAUCUCCCCAAAAUGAUGACCUUGCACCAGCAGUGUAUCCGGGUGCUUAAGAAUAAUAUUGACUCCAUCUUUGAAGUGGGAGGAGUCCCCUAUUCUGUUCUUGAACCUGUCUUGGAGAGGUGCACACCCGAUCAGCUCUACCGAAUAGAGGAAUGCAAUCAUGUAUUAAUUGAGGAAACAGAUCAGUUGUGGAAAGUUCACUGUCACCGGGACUUUAAGGAAGAAAGACCAGAAGAGUAUGAGUCUUGGAGGGAGAUGUACCUGAGGCUUCAGGACGCCCGAGAGCAGCGGCUGCGCCUGCUCACAAACAACAUCCGGUCUGCACAUGCCAAUAAGCCAAAAGGACGACAAGCAAAGAUGGCCUUUGUGAACUCUGUGGCCAAGCCACCGAGAGAUGUUCGACGGAGGCAGGAGAAGUUUGGAACCGGGGGAGCAGCUGUCCCUGAGAAAGUCAGGAUUAAGCCAGCACCAUAUACAACAGGAAGCAGCCAUGUUCCUGCCAGCAACAGCAGCAGCAGCUUCCACUCAAGUCCUGAGGAGCUGGCCUACGAAGGGCCCAGUACCAGCAGUGCCCACUUAGCUCCUGUGGCCAGCAGCUCUGUUUCCUAUGAUCCCAGGAAACCAGCUGUGAAGAGUAAGCAACUUUGGUGGGAGCAGGCUGUGGGCUGGUGGGGAAUCUUGACACAGACGUUAUCGGACAAAGAACACCAGCCAAGUCAGACUGGCCCUCCUCAGGUGUUCAUGCUUAUUAGCUCAUCCUGAGACCCAUUGCUCUGGGGGGCUGGAGGCUCUGGAUACGUGUGUGUGUGUGUGUGUGUGUGUGUGUGUGUGUGUGUGUGUGUGUGUGUGUGUUACAAAGUUAAAUUGUCGGCAUUAUGGCCCCAAAGGUCAGCAAAGACUUCUGACUGAUUUGUGUCUUGAGCUAUCCAUGAGCACAGCAGCCAGUCUUCAAAAGCUGUAAGAGAUGCUGCUGGUUCUGCACCUACGGGGUCUGCCUUAGGACGGGGUUUCUCUGGCACCUUUUCAGACAGUUCCUGCUGGUUAGUCCAUUUGUGCAUGGAGGUGAGAUACACAGCCAUGGAAAACAAACUUAGCCUGGCUUUGCUAUGAACCACAGUGGCAUAUGUCUGUCCUGCCUCCAAUCUGAAGCAACUGUCUCCUUUUUCUUCACAGAAAUUGCCCCGAUGAUGGCCAAGACCAUUAAAGCAUUCAAGAACAGAUUUUCCCGACGAUAAACAGGACUUGCCUUGGAGGUUGAGUCUGGAAGCAGGACUACAGGGACUAUGGGGACGGGAGAAGAGGAUGUCCACAGAAGACCCGUAUCUUUUGCUCUGUGGAACUUUUGGCCUCUGACUCCUGCACAGUUCCAGGUGUCCCCCUCUGUGCCUCAGCCCUGCACCCUGCUUGUAGCACACUUCAGAUUUCUGAAGACAGUAUGAGCCUCAGUCUUACUGAGGACUUUAAGAUCAGUUAUACUUUUGUUGCUAAUUAGCAUCUUUGUAAACUAUAAGACAUAGUUUUAAUUAAUAAAUAUUGCCCCCAGAUGUAUUUAUAAUACCCCCAGGGGUUUUUAUUUUAUUUUAUUUUCUCUUUGGUCCACUAUAUUUAGCCCUUUACUUUCCAGGUCCUUUAUUAAAGUUAGAUGAGCCUAGCGAAAGCCAUUCUUGUCCUAGUCAGCUCUUCUGAGUAGACACUGGUCCUUCAGAGCCAGUGUGUCACUCCAAACCCAGAUGCAGGGCUAGGAGUGAGUGAAUGCCAGGAUGCCUGUCCUCCAGGGGAGCCUCCCUGCUGAAACCCCCACUGUUCCUUGGUGGGCACUUUUCUUCAGUAGAUUUGUUAAGGAAGGCCGUUUGCAUCAUCUUCAAAGCAUACUACUCUCCCCCAUUUUCCAGCUCACUGGAGGACAGAGCCUAAGAGAUGAACUGAUGUAGGACCUCAGCAGUUUUAUAAUUUUAGUUUCUGGUUCAGUAUUUUACACACAGACAGACACACAGACACACAGACCCUUCCUUAUUUUGUCUCUCCCUGCACUGUGGGGAAACACACAUGACAGGGCUUUUGUAGCUCUGAUGUGGUUGGGGGGUUUGAAAAGCCAGCACUUUAUUUCCUUGUUCUCUAUGAAUUCCUACCAGGAGUGAGUGGUUUAGAGCAUUGUAGUGCUGUGAAGCUUGCUCGUGUUGGACAGGAAAGGUGCUGACGUGGCCAGAGGAGCAGCAGUGCACUGUAGCCAGCAGAGAACUCUGUGAAGCCUCCGCCUUCUGAGUGUUGGCCAGAGUUAGGGAUGGGCCACCUGCCGAAGGGUAGAUGGUCACCCUGGUCCCAGCCAGUCAGUUUCUAGAUGACAUGCAGGCAAGGUCAGAGCUAGGAGGACAGUGCCAGCUCCUUCCUUGCUGUCAGAAAACAGAGCAGGACUCACUUGGUUAUGAACCUGGUGAAAUACACUACGAACUUGAGGGGCCAGCCUGCUAAACUGGGCCAGUGCACCUACCCUCGAGACCUCAGGCUAACGAAGCCUCCAAGGCAGCACACGAACCUGCACAGCUAAAGCUAACGCCCUGCCCCACCCCACCCCUCCCAACCCCCACAGCCUUACUGUGCUUUGCUAUGCUGGGUCCCAGUUGCCUUGGGACACAGGUACUGCUAAGUAAAACAAAUUUCUCUUGGUUGCUUGUUUCACCAUACCAGCUCUCUCAGCCUGACUUCAAAGUCUAACAUCAGGUCUCUUAGCUGAACUCAAAGGGACAUCUGUACUAGGAGCCAGGCCCUGCUGUCUAGAACAGCCCCUCUCUAGGUGUUGACCACCUCAGAUUUAUGCCUUAGCUGUGUUUCCCAGAUUUCCCUUUGCCGAUUCUCCUGUUGUGGAUUUGGUUGUGGAUGAUUUAAUUCCCCUUAAUUCCCCUUAGGAGUUUGUAGGCCUAGGGGAAGAAAGGACACACAUUUAUCCAGUGUCAGCAUCCGGUUUGGCACAAAGAUUUCUGAGGCACCCAGUUUACUUAGAGCCAGAUUUUCUACCCUUUCAAGAGUGUCUGCGUCAGGGAUAUGACUGGUGAGAACAGUGAGGGGCUCAGGAGGCAGCUGUCCCCACAGCCCCUCACCCCAUGCACAAUGGCCACAAAGCAGACACAGUCAUGUUCAAAUAUUGGUCACAUUUGUGAAGACUCGUGCAAUUUUUUCUGUGCUACACUACAUACAGAUCACACGUGAUGGACUAGCCCUUUGCGGUCCUUGGUGUCACAGGGCUCUCGGGGGCUUGCUUUCUCUGCUUUGAGGCAGGAGGGCAGGAGUGAGCGCCAUCCCGCUCUGCAUUUGUAUUUUGGUCCCAAAAUGUAAAUACGAUUUUCUAUGUUACUUUUUUGUGGUAACUACAAGAUGAAUAUUUUAAUUAGAUAAGUUAUACAAAAAGGAAAAUCCCAUGUCUAAAUAAAAAGCAAAAAACUUCUA